ACAUAAUAAGAGACGCAACGAUAUUAGCAUUGGAGGAUCAGAGAUAAAAAUAAAGGUGAAAAUGACGUAUGAAAAUUCUUAAGUCAAAGAUAAAAUGCAUUUUCAAUAUGUGAUGCGUAUACGUUGCAUUGUGAGUUGCUGAUUGUCAGCUUGUAAUUUUUAAUGAUCGGAGGAUGCAAAAUGAGGUUAUGGUGACGAUGCAUACUGCAUGCGUCGAAGAGGUCUUGGAUAAAUGAUUUUCAAUGGGUCUUGGCGAUGAAAGGGAACGCGAUGAGGAUUCAGCUUAAGCUUUAGGAGGCCAAUGUCACUUGCGGCCCACCAAACAAAUGUAUUGGGUAUCGGGUCCGUUUAAACAUGCAGAACGCGCACUGUACACGGUGUAUAUAAUGCUGGUAAGUUGGGAUCGGAAAUCAGUCACUCGAAAACAACCAGCUGAUCACUCAAGUAGACAACAUGAAGGUCUUUGUAGGUUUGAUGUUAUGCACGGCUUUGGCACUGGCCGAGCCGCCAAGAUACCGACAACAGAAUCAGCAACAACGACAGUAUUACAUUGCUAGGCAACAAGAAGAGACUUUCCCUCCACCUGCCGCUGCACCUUAUGCACCUUCUGGAUGGAAACCAGCUGGACCGACCUUUGACCUUCCUCAGAAACAAGUUCAGGACUCUUAUGGAGCUCCUGCUGAACCACAGCAACAAUACGAAGCCCCUGCUGUACCUCAGCAACAAUAUGGAGCCCCUGCUGCACCUCGGCAACGAUAUCGAGCUUCUUCUGCACCUCAGCAACAAUAUAGAGCCCCUGCUGCACCUCAGCAACAAUAUGGAGCCCCUGCUGCACCUCAGCAACAAUAUGGAGCCCCUGCUUCACCUCAGCAAGGGUACGGCGUACCUGAACCUCAACAGCAGUACGGACCACCAGAAACAACUACUACGGAAGAGCCCACCACCACUGAAUUCGAGGAUUCAACAACCACACCCUCACCCGAUACUGAGGCCGAGCCCGUGAAUUCCGUGAACGACCUCGACGAGGAAGGCGAGGUCGACGGGCAGCAACAACAAUCUGGCGAAUACUACGUUGCUCUACCGGAUGGUCGUCUUCAGCGAAUCCAGUAUGUCAGCCGCCAAGACGUAGAGGCAAUGAAGUACUUUGCGAGGAUUCGCGCCGAAAACGUGGAGCCACUACGUGGACCAAUUUACGCUUACAGACCCCUGGAGAAAUUGCAAUUCGCACCAAGUGCACUUGCAGUAGCAUCUCAGAAGACGGCGGAAUCGCGCCCGGAGAAACUCCAAGCUAUAUCAGCCAAACUGGAAUUGCAACCAGCAGAUGACGUUGCUGCGACUCCUGUUGCUGCCCAAGUGCAAUACCAGUACGAUGCACCAUCUUCAGUGAUACCACUUGCUGGUUCUCCUGUCAGCUCAUCAUACACAACCUUCACGGCUAACUACCAAGUACCAGCUACUGAACCCAGAUACAUUCUAACCUUCUAAAGAAGCCCAGGACUGGUUCACCGGAAGAUAACUGUACUAUACAUCUCAAACGCAAAUGAAAACUUGUAAAUGUUGUAUAAUCGAAACUUAGAGUAGGCUUGAUAAAAAUGAUUCCUCUAUAAAGUGGCUUUAUCUUGGCUCCA